UAGUACACUAGUACCGUAGUAUCUCAUUUCGUUUCUCCUCAUACUUGGCCCUUGUCUUCCGCAGUUGUUUUGACUGCUCUCUCUGGUCCCAACGCCAUUUUUAAUACUUACCCAGAAAACCAGAGAGAGCUUAAACAUACAGAGAGAGAGACUGAGUGAUUUUGAGUUUGAGGCUUCCUACUCUUCUCCCUCAUCUCUCAACUCUGCUCCAUUUUAUUCGCCGACUUGUAUUCAAAAUGGCGUCUUCGAUGCAUUUCCAUGGCGUUAAGGCGGGUGUGAAUCCCAGAUUACUCCCAUCUUUACCUUUCUUAGGGAACUUCAAAUUGGGAACCUCCUUUUGUUGUUCUCAGGAGACUCGAUUCAAGGACUCUUCAAUGGCGAUUGCGAACAAGAAGAGAUCAUUUACUGUUAAUUGUUUGAAGGUGGAGGAGAGACAUCAACAAAAUGCAGAAGCAAUCGCUAAUAUCGAUGAACAGAAAUUCACGGUGGUGAUGAAGUUCGGUGGAUCAUCGGUAGCCUCAGCGGAGAGGAUGAGGGAAGUUGCUGAUCUUAUUCUCAGCUUCCCUGAAGAAAAUCCCGUUAUUGUCCUGUCUGCCAUGGGGAAAACCACCAAUAAUCUCCUCAAUGCCGGAGAAAAGGCUGUUAGUUGUGGGGCUUCUAAGGCCAGCGACAUCCCGGAGCUCAGUGUUAUCAAGGAUCUUCAUUUCAGGACAGUGGCCGAGCUUGGCAUUGACAUUUCUGUUAUAUCUUCGCAUUUAGAUGAAUUAGAGCAGCUUCUUAAAGGUAUUGCAAUGAUGAAGGAGCUCACCCUACGUACCAAGGAUUACCUUGUUUCCUUCGGAGAGUCUAUGUCUACCCGAAUCUUCGCCGCUUAUAUGAACAAAAUCGGUGCUAAAGCACGCCAAUAUGAUGCAUUUGAUAUUGGGUUUAUUACAACGGAUGACUUCACCAAUGCGGAUAUAUUGGAAGCAACCUAUCCAGCUUUAUCCAAGAGAUUUUAUGAUGAUUGGGCUGCUGAUCCUGCGAUUCCCAUUGUCACGGGUUUCCUUGGAAAGGGUUGCAAGUCUUGUGCUAUUACUACACUGGGCAGGGGUGGCAGCGAUUUAACCGCUACAACGAUUGGCAAAGCACUGGGCUUAAGAGAAAUACAGGUGUGGAAAGAUGUUGAUGGUGUUUUAACCUGUGACCCAACGAUAUAUCCUCGAGCUCAACCUGUACCAUACUUGACAUUUGACGAGGCAGCUGAGCUUGCUUAUUUUGGGGCACAGGUUUUGCAUCCACAAUCAAUGAGACCUGCUAGGGAGGGUGAUGUUCCUGUUAGAGUGAAAAAUUCGUACAACCCUAAAGCUCCUGGGACACUAAUCAACAGGACACGUGACAUGAGUGAGGUUUUACUGACUAGCAUAGUGUUAAAAAGGAAUGUUACCAUGUUGGAUAUAGUUAGUACUCGCAUGCUCGGUCAGUUUGGAUUCCUUGCAAAGGUGUUUUCAAUAUUUGAGGAUUUGGGUAUUUCUGUGGAUGUUGUUGCCACUAGUGAAGUGAGUAUAUCACUGACAUUGGACCCAUCAAAGCUUUGGAGCAGAGAACUUAUUCAGCAGGCAAGAGAACUAGACCGUGUAGUAGAGGAGCUGGAAAAUAUUGCAGUUGUGAAUUUGCUGCAGAACAGAUCAAUUAUAUCUCUGAUUGGGAAUGUGCAAUAUUCUUCUUUGAUUCUGGAGAAGGCUUUUCAUGUACUUCGAACUAACAACGUCAAUGUCCAGAUGAUCUCACAAGGGGCUUCGAAGGUGAACAUAUCUUUGAUAGUAAAUGAUGAUGAAGCAGAAAAAUGUGUAAAGGCACUACAUUAUGCAUUUUUCGAGAGUGAAGAUGUUCCUCAAAUGCAUCUCAGUGCUGCAAGUGCAACAACUGGAAAUGGGUCAGCAGUUCGCUUAGAUAACUGAGAUAGAGUAUGGUGGGCUUAAUAUAUUUUCUUUGGCUUACACAGCCGUGGUUCCAUGAGAAUUUAUGGAGUCCUUGAGCUGCAGUUGUAGGACCGGACCUGUUGUUUAUGAUCUCAGGGGAAACAUGUAAUACUAACUUGAGCUGUGCUCGAUUGCUGUUACAGCCCAAAGGAAGUACGGAGUACUCCGUAUUCUUUUGUGGCCAUCUACGAUUCUACUCCCAUACUUGGUAUACUGUUAUUCUUGUUGGUUUAGGUCUGGACUCUGGAGUAUUAAAUAUUUUUGCAUAUACCGGCAAAUUGUAACACUAAGGAUUAAGGAAGUAAUAUUGAAUUUUAGUUAUAUUUUACUAUGCCA